AUGAUCAUGAAUUACUUAAUGCUCAGUGUGAGUAUUCCGUUCGUAGUUGGUCACACGCAUGGACAUUCUCACUCCCUAGAGGACAAAGGAGUACUGGGAGCAGCUAUUCAUUUUUUCCAGGACUUCGUCUUCCCAUUCGACGCAAGGUACAAUUCUUUACUAGCUACGUUGAUCAUUCAGUUACUCCCCUGUUUGAUAAUAUACUUUGUUCCCGGAAUGAGAGCUUUGUCUAUGGGCAACAACUUGAUAGGACCACUGAAUUUAUUGGUAUCAUUCGCAAUGGGCACUUUAUUAGGUGACAUUUUUUUGCAUUUACUACCAGAGGUUUUCUCAUCUAUCGAGUUCCACGAUCAUGAAACUGCACAUCUGGAACUUAUCAGGAUGAGUGCCGCUGUUUGCGGAGGAUUUAUGAUUUUUUUUGUUUUGGAGAAGACGAUGAGAGUUUUAUUAAUUGGAGCGGGUAGUGAGGUUAGUUUAGUGAACCACACACACUCUCAUUCGCAUUUACCUAGUGAUCUUGAUAAUAACCGCCAUAAUGAGGAAGUUUUUGAGUAUUCCCAUGGGUACGAGAAUGAUUCAAGUAGCUCAGCGGGGGGCUCGGCAAGACAGAGAAAGAAGGAAAGAUCGUCUGAGAAAUCUCCAAAACUUGAAACAUCCCAGAUACAUAAACCUGGUGUCUCCGUUUAUCUGAAUAUUGUUUCUGGUUUUAUUCAUAACAUCACCGAUGGAGUUGCUCUUGCAUCGUCCUUCUACAGUUCCAAGAACGUUGGGGUCUCCACGACGAUAGCAAUCAUGUUCCAUGAGAUUCCUCACGAACUGGGAGACUUUGCUAUUUUGGUGGCAAACGGUUUCACGUUUAGCCAGGCAUUUAAGUCUCAGAUUAUCAACUCAAUUGGCUCUCUCACAGGCACCGCAAUAGGAUGCGCUUUGAACGAGAUCACCACAUCAGAGCAAAACCACUGGGAUAAGUUGUCGGAAAGCAUAUAUUUUUUUUCCAAACUGCCUGGUUUGAGACUACCACUAACUACGGGCGGUUUUAUCUAUAUAGUCACCAUGGGAGUAGUACCGCAAAUGUUGCAGACCACUUCACAAAACCGGUCCCAAGAACUCAAAAAGUGGCUGCUACAAUUCAUAUUCAUCUGCAUCGGAUUCAUGUUAAUGGCUUCACUUGCUACUAACUAA